AUGGUCAGGCGUAGAAGUGUCCCAGGCUUCGGCGACUGCCUAUCAUCGGCGCAUGGUGUGUCGUGGCCGAAUCGACAGGCAAACCGGCUGAUUCUCGCGGACACGGCGCGGCGCAUCAAGAAGGCCAGAGGGGAUCACGCUCACGGCGCCGUUGUCAUGAGCGACUGCAUUCCGGCGGCGAAGCUUGGGUCAAAUGCGAUGUCUAUGCCCCUCCUCUCAAUACCCGGUGGCAUUAGCCGGGCCGUCGUGACCGGACAAGGCAUGGGCGAGAGUACGAAUGAUGGUAGACCGCUUUAUACUUUGCCGGAGUGCAGCGGCAUCGUCUUACACCCGCGCAUUUUUGUGCUCGACUCCCAGGGCAGCAGAGUGGCCAGCAAGGACGAAGACCUGCGGAUGCCUUUGACUAUCUUUGGUGCGGAAACGGGCAAGGACCCGGAUAAGGAGGAUUCAUGGUGA